AUGUUCGAAGGCUUCUCUCCAUCGCGCUCUCGAUCCCCCUCGGCGCCGCUCCUUACCCUCCAAGGCGCUUUCGCCGGCACUCGGUCACCCGGCACCCGGAAGGGCAAAGAAAAGGCCCUGAACACAGACUUGGUGGAAGGGGUCGAGGGUGAGAUGGUGACCACUUCUGAUGAUGCUCGUAAGGGUCUUCGGGAACUGGUACGUCGGUCCACGAUGGGAGGCCAACGGCCUUUGUUGCGUGGAGAUGAAUCGAGAGCAGUGUCUAUCGAAGGUGCGUUCAUGUCUCGAGUUUGCAACUUUGUGUCGGUCUCAUCCAGUGAUCGGGCUUAUACUCCAAGACGUUAUUACAUCCUCACCAAUGCUGGUAAACCAGUCUUUUCCUCCCAUUCCGAUACCGAAGAAGACAUCUCAAACCUCAUGGCAGUCGCUCAGGCUCUCAUAUCCAUCUUCGCAGAAGAUGACGACCGUUUACGAUCUAUAAGAAGAGGUGAUAAGCGUAUCGUAUUCCUACUCAAAGCACCCCUAUAUAUGGUCUGCGUGAGCGAUUGGGGAGAACCGGAGAAUGUUCUCCGUGUGCAGUUAGAUUACAUAUAUCUUCAGGUAUUGUCGGUCGCUACGUCCACGCAGCUGGCUCGAGCGUUUCAGAGGAGGAGCAACUUCGAUCCCACACGGCUUCUGGAGGGGACAGACCAAUUCCUUCACAACCUGAUCGCUCGAUCCCAGCACGACUUUAGCUACCUCACAUCAACCCUUCAACCUCUUCGAAUGGCUCCGGCACUACGAGAGGCGGCCGCUGCGGCAUUAAUGCCCCCUUCGAGAAUACAAGAUUUACUCUACGUCCUCCUGGUCGCUGGGGGACGGAUAGUCACCCUCCUUCGACCCCGCAAGCAUGCUGUUCACCCGUCAGAUCUACAUCUUCUGCUCAACAUGCUCGACACUUCUAAAACCCUCCGAUCAUCCGAGGCUUGGGUUCCUAUAUGUCUACCGAAGUUCAAUCCUGCCGGCUUCGUACACGCCUACGUCGAUUUCCCCUUACCAGACGUUGGGUUACUUUUUGUAAGCGCGGAUCGGGAAGCGUUCGACGUUCUACGUGCUUGGAAAAAGGUCGUAGUGGAGAAACUGCAGAUGGAUGACACACUGGGGAAGAUCCGUGAUAGCAUUCCGUAUCAUGAAUACUCUAUCUCUGCUCUAGGCUGUCCGGGGUUGCGACAUUUCAUCUACAAAUCACGCCAACUGGUGCAGAUUACCAUGCCAGAAUGGGAGGAGUCAUACGAGCCAGACGGGCCAGAUCGAAAACGGAUAAUCACAACGUACCAAUGUCUUCACGAUGCGGUCCACGCCAGGUCUGGCCAAUCAACUCCAUUAAAGCUAGUAUAUACUCGGUCGGAUCAAGAAGCGUGUCUAGCUUGGUUCACAAAACCCUUUGAGAUGUACCUCACAGUCCCCCCUCAUUUGCCAAAGUCGGUGGUAGUGAGUGUGGCCAACGCUGUAUUCAAAUGGGUUCAGGCCGAAGAGGGCAAGUUGUUUCUCAAAGACGCUCCGGUGUUUUGA